AUGGUCUCGCCGGCAUUUCGGGUUGGAGUGGCGGAGAUGAAAGGAUGGCGACCAAGCAUGGAGGAUGCCCACGUUAUUUAUGCCCAAGAUACCUGGGGAUUCUUCGGAGUCUUCGACGGUCAUGGAGGUGACCAGUGUUCUGGUUUCAUAGCCAGACGCAUCAAAGAAGAGCUUGCAAAAAACGGAAUGCCACAAAGCGACGAAGCUGUUACAGAAUUGGUAUUCCGCUUAGACAAGGAGUUUUUGGACUCCAAACAGCCCAGCGGAUCGACAGGAACCUUCGUCAUUGUCCAGAAGCCAAGUGCUCCUGGAGGCAACUAUAAGCUCCGAGUGGGCAACAUUGGCGACAGCCGUGUGCUUCUGGGGCGUGCUGAUGGUUCGAUUUUCCCCGGGAAUGGAACUGAGAGCGCACUCACAACGGACCAUAAGCCAGACCUUGAGCGCGAAAGAGCCCGGAUUGAGCGCGCUGGCGGGAACGUGCAGGAA